AUGGCGCCCACCGAAGCCGCCAUCCUGCACAACUACCUGACUGUCCCGGCGCAGCUGCCCUCAGCCAUCACGCUCGAGGAAUUCACCGAGCUUUUCCCUAAACCGCAUCGCGCAAACCCGCAAAUCCGCUCCUUGUACCGUGAUCUGCAACACCAAAGGAGGGCGCUCGUUGAUGCGGUCACGGAAAACAUUGAGAACGAGGAGAAGAACGGGAGGAUCAUCAAGCGCGAGAUUGCGCGUGCCCAGAAACGUGCGAAAACCGAGGAUGCCGAUCAGGAGCUUGAGAUUCAGAGAGCGCUGUUUGGCGCGGCUGGGGCGCAAGAUCCCAAACACACAAUUAACUCCAUCGUCCCAGAGAUGGAUACGGCGAUAGCGGAUCUCGAAGCAGAGAUUCAGGAGCUAGAGGCUCAGGAAGCAAAACUCAUGGAGUCGGUCAAACAGACAGUCGGCAGCAUGAGCGAUCUCCGCUACGGACGCCUCGCCAACCCCAAGCUCGGAGAGGACGUCAUUCAAGGUCUCAAGAGUGUCCAAGAUGCAUGCGACGGGAAAAGUUGA